UGCCUCAACUGCAAACUGACAGUCGACGAAGACUUUGACAUUGUUUGACGUUUAAAAGCUAGUAAUAAUUAUUUUAUUUUUGAUAUUUGUGCUUACUUAAUAUAAAUUAUGGCUGAUGUGAAAGAUUUAAAAGAUGUGGAUUUAUAUGGAUUACUUAAUAUACAAAUAUCUGCCACGACACAAGAGAUAAAAAAAGCCUACAGGAAAAAAGCCCUACAAUGUCACCCCGAUAAAAACCCCGACAAUCCAAAAGCAGCAGAACUUUUUCACCAGUUAUCGAAAGCCCUAGAAAUCCUCUGUGACAAAUCAGCACGAGAGGCCUACGACAGAAUAUUGAAUGCCAAAAAGGCUGCAGAAUUACGACAUAAAGAAUUAGACAGCAAAAGACAAAAGUUGAAAUCGAAUUUGGAGGCACGAGAACAGAGUGCUGUUUUAGAAUCUAAGAGUAAAAGUAGUUUUAGUUGUAAGACGCCUGAGGAACAGUUGCAGGCUGAAAUCGAACGGUUGCGGAAAGAAGGUUCAAAGUUGGUGGAAGAAGAAAAACGUCUUCUUGAAGAACAACUCUUAGCCGAAUUAAAUUCAAAACCUACAUGGAACCCCAACGAGCACCGAAUAAAAAUAAAAUGGCAGGCUUCUAAAAGCGACCAAACCAACGGUGGUUAUAGCGAAGCCAAUUUAACAAAAUUUUUGUCCAAAUAUGGUGAUAUAAAUGUUUUAGUAAUGUCUGCUAAAAACGGCUCGGCCAUUGUCGAAUUUCAAACUCAAGAUGCUGCCGAAAUGGCAGUGGAGUACGAAUUAGGGCUACCAGAGAAUAAAUUAAAGUUGGAAUGGAUCGGCGAAGGGCCGAAGAGGAAGAGUAAAGGGUCGAAUUUAGUUAAUGAAAGGGAUUUUGAAAGUUUGGUGCUGAGGCAGAUGAGGCAGGCCGAGGAGAGGAAGAGGCUUAUUCAGCAGAUGCAGGAGGAGGAUGGUUGAAGGAUAAGGAUGAGGGUGAAGUUUUAAU